GGAGUGACGUCGCUGGGAGCGCGCCGGAAGUGGCGGUGCGAAGAUGGCGCCCACCAUCCAGACGCAGGCGCAGCGCGACGAGCCGGGGCACCGGCCCAGCUCGCACCGGACCCUCCCCGAGAGGUCGGGGGUCGUGUGCAGGGUGAAGUUCUGUAACGGGCUCCCCGACAUCCCCUUCGACCCCAAGUUCAUCACCUACCCCUUCGACCAGAGCAGGUUUGGGGGUCCCCAAAAAUGGGGGGGUCCGGAGGGUGCCCAAGUGAUCUUCGACUCGGACCCGGCGCCCAAGGACACGUCGGGGGCCGCGGCCCUGGAGAUGAUGUCCCAGGCCAUGAUCAGGGGGAUGAUGGACGAGGAGGGGAACCAGUUCGUGGCCUAUUUCCUGCCCGUGGAGGAGACGCUGAGGAAGAGGAAGAGGGACCAGGAGGAGGACGUGGAUUACGCCCCUGAGGACGUCUACGACUACAAGAUCGCCCGGGAGUACAACUGGAACGUGAAGAACAAGGCGAGCAAAGGCUACGAGGAGAAUUAUUUCUUCAUCUUCCGCGAGGGGGACGGGGUUUAUUACAACGAACUGGAGACCAGGGUCCGGCUGAGCAAGCGCCGGGCGCGCGCCGGGGUCCAGUCGGGCACCAACGCGGUGCUGGUGGUGAAGCACCGGGACAUGAACGAGAAGGAGCUGGAGGCACAGGUGGGAUUUGGGGGGGGUCCCCUGACUCCCCCUGACACACCCCCCGAUCCCCAAUUCCCCCCAAAACCCCCCUGA